GCGAUAAGAACUAAACAGAGACAAUCCGGUGAUUUUUAUUAAAAACAACAAAAAAAAUAAUAAUUCAAUUUAAUAUGAAAUACGCACUACGAAUAUUAAUCAUCUUUUACUUGUGGCUUAACACUGUUGAGUCCAAAUUUGUAUAUCCCAAAGUCGAUGAUUUUCCAACGGACUGUAAGGUGCCUGAUGGCUCCAAUGGAACCUGCCGUAAUUUACAAUACUGUCCGGCCGCCAUAACAGCAAAACAGGUAAAAUUAUGCUAUUUUGAUGGUGGCGACGAGUAUGUGUGCUGCAAAGAAAAUAUUUGGGAUGAUGUUACAAUGAGACCUUUUACUAUGAAUUGUGGCGCCCAAUAUCCACAUUUUGAAAUUAUAAAAGGUAUUCAGACUGAAUAUAAAGAAUUUGCAUACAUGGUGGCAUUGGGUUGGAAGUCUUUAACUCAUCCUGAUGUUUAUGAUUAUAAAUGUGGCGGUGUUUUAAUCUCGAAUAGAUAUGUUUUAACAGCAGCUCACUGUGCUUUGCUAAACGGAUUACCACCGGCAGUGGCUUUAAUUGGUGGUACUAAUCUUACUGAUCCAGAAAAUACACCUAUACCAGUCUUAAAUGUGAAAAUACAUCCAGGCUAUAAAGCAAAUAGGUCAUAUCAUGAUAUUGCUUUAAUAAAUUUAGGUCGUGAUUCGUACGAGACUCCAAUCUGCAUUUGGGGUUCUUACUCUUUGGAUGAAGUCAAUGUGACUGCAAUUGGUUAUGGACAUACACAAUUUGCUGGAGCUGGUUCGGAAAGUUUACUUAAAGCAUAUUUACUUAUUGUGCCGAACAAAGAAUGUUCUAAAUAUUAUACAGCAGAAUCGUCUUUACAACAUGGAGUAGUAGAAACGCAAAUUUGUGCUAAAGAUCCCGAAAGUAUAAGAGACACUUGCCAGGGUGACUCUGGAGGUCCUAUAAUACUGCACUCUACAGACAAGUAUGGUGUUUCCAGACCUUUUGUAGUUGGUAUAACAUCAUUUGGAAGAGCCUGUGCUUUAGAACCACCUGGAGUAUACACCAGAGUAUCAGAAUAUGUUGAUUGGAUAGAAGAAAUAUCAUUUAAAACAUAAGUGCUAUUGCAGAUAAUUUAGUUGUUAAAUAAUUUUUGUACUUUAUUAUUUUAAAAAAGAAUAUAGAACUAUAAUUUAAAAUAUGGUUUAAUCAGUCAAA